AUGGGGGCACUAUUUCAACCGAUAAAUCAAGUGAAGUUCACCAAUGUUGCUAUAGUGAAAUACAAACACAAGGGGAAAAAGUUCGAAAUAGCUUGUUAUAAGAACAAAAUAAUUGACUGGAGAAAUGGAAUUGAGCUGAACAUAGAUGACGUUCUGCAAUCGCACUUAAUUUUUACAAACAUAUCGAAGGGAGAAAUAGCCAAAAAAUCAGAACUAAAUUCUUGCUUUAAUUCGGAUAACAAUUAUGAAAUUUGUAAAACAAUUUUAGAGAAAGGUAUGGUAAGGAACAUUGGGUAUAGCAUAAACAUAGAUGAUAGUGCAAAGAAACAAGCGCUAAAAGUUUUUGAUAUUUUAAGUAAAGAAUAUAACGACGUUAUCCAAAGGGCAUUUAUGAGAAUACAAAUAAUUUGUGAUGAUAUUAUAAGAGAUGACGUUGUAAAAUUUCUUAAUAGUAAUAAUGUUAUCAUAGAAGAACAAAAUUUAACCAAUAACAUUAAAAGAGAAGAACUUGUGGAUUCUCAAAAUAAUCACAUGUAUGAUGAACAUGUCGACAUAGAGAAAAAUAAAGAAAUAAAAAAUGGUAUGUGUCCACAUAACACAAAGAAAAAUCAUAUUGACCUGUCAUGUGAAUCCUCUCAGAUAAAUUUUAAAAAAAAUAUAGAAUUUGUAGGAAAUCCAUGCUCAAUUGAUUGCACGAAGAAUAGUACAUAUAACAACAUCAGAACGGAAAUUGAAAAAGAAUAUCAUGAUGAUGAAAAUGAUGAUAGAAACAAAGAAAUCCGACAAAAAGAUACAUGCAGCGAAGACGAAAACAAUCUCUUAAAUUUGAUCACUAAUGGUAAAAAUAUCUCAGACGAAAGUAUCCAUAUGACCAGGUCUAAUGAAGAUGAGCAUAAAAACGACAAAGAGGAGGAGGAAGGAGAAGACGAAGAAGAAGGCGAAGAAGGAACAAACCGUUGGACUAACGAAAAUUACGCUAAUGAAAAGGAAAAAAGUGUAAAUAUUUUAAAAAGUGAUAAAAAAGAAAUAAAUGAUUUGUUAGAUGUUAAUUUAAAUGUUGAAAUAAAAGGAAAUAAACAAAAUGAUACAUGUUUACAGAAUAAUGAAAAGAGAACGAACGAGCUCAUCAGAAGUGAUGAUAAGGUAAAAACAAAACAAAAAAGGAAUAAACACGAAAAGGAAAGAAAUGGAAGGAAAUUUGAAAUACAUAAAAUCGUGUUCUUAUGCUAUCCAUGUGUAUAUAAAUUCGUGGACGCCUUCACCAAGAAGUAUAAGAAGAACUGUUCUAGUAAAAUUCUAAACAAUAACGUUAAAAUAGCCUCAGCAAAUAAAAAGAAAAAGAAUACCACGGAAAAUUCAAUAAACGAAGCAGAUGAUGUAAUAAGGAGGAAAACCAAAGCUAAUGGUGGAAAUAUAAUGAUGGAUAAUAACCUAAAUAGUGAUACUAACGGUAAGGUAAUCCAUAACAAGAAUAGUAUUAGAAGCAGUAGUAACCAUCGCCAUGAUGCGAAGAAACCCAUUCUUGAUGCUUCAAAUAUAAAUAAUAAUGGAGGAGACCAAUGUAAUUAUCAGAAUGAUGACAAAAAUGAAGUAUCAUCAACGGUAGCGCAUGAACAAAUAAAGGAAGAACCAAAUGAUAAGCGAAAAAGCGAAACCGUAAUAAUGUGCACAAGCUGUUUAACAAAAAUUGAAAAAAGUAACUAUAAAGUACAUUGUAGAAGUGAUUUUCAUGUGUAUAAUGUUAAGAGGAAGUAUAAGAAACUACCUCCAAUCACUCUAGAGGAAUAUAUAGAAAUCGACUUUGACGUUGCACACUUUCAUGUUGAUAUGUAA